GUAUAGACAGAGGAUCUUCGACAUAAGUACUAAACGAGGCAGAGUUCAUGCAGAGGGGCCAAAUGUGGUUUCCUACGUGGCUAGAUCCAAGGAGAUCGCGCAGUGGAUGGUGGCGAAAGCAGAUGACAUAUUGACCAUCAGGGGAGUGGAGUAUGGGAUGCUGUUCAAGCCGUGGCUCACCCAGACGGAGUUGGACGAUCGAAGAAGGAUGGAAGACGAGACUAAAUUCUGGGUGAUGGCGAUUAGGGUCCCCCUAAGAGCCAUGUUCCACGUGGAGAGUAUGGUCGAAACUGCAAUGGGUCACGUAAUCAAUUGCCAGCCGCCAGAACAAGACCGGACCAUACCUAAACUCAUGAACCUCAAGUUUGACCUUGUGAAGGAGGCGGAAGGGAAUUUCGAACCGGAACUUUCGAUUAAACUGGGGCAAGAGGUGUUGCGUAUCAAGUUUGUGUGUAAACACACCCCUUGGUGUGAGAGGUGUAAGUGGUGGUUUCACACGACUGACGAUGGAUGCCCAAGGGCUGAUGAGGAGCCAGCAGAUGGAGGCAGUGGACAAAGACAAUGCCCGACCAACAGCGGAUUGGAUCCCACACAAAGACUGGCAGUUAACCAGGAUAUCUGGUUGGCAGCUAGGCACGAGCCUGUCCCUGCUCACAACAGGGAGCAAGGCCAGCUUCCAGCAGUGUCAGCGAGCACAGGGAGAGGUGCUGCAAGCGGUGACGUGAGGAGAUCUCGAGUGUUGCCCCAGCCAAGAGGUGUUGGUAGCGGUGUAGAUAGCGGUGGACAAAUUUCGAGCGACGUGAGAAGAACUGGACAUCCACAACAACAUGGGGGGCGAGCAAGGGUCCAAGUGCCAAUGCCAAGGCCCCCCCCCCCGACUACCAACGCAGCUAUGCUUCCGCUGUCAAUGUCACAAUAUCCAGGCCCUGGGAACACCUUCCAGCCGUACGUACCGAGGUGGGGUCCCACACAGUGGCAGGGAUAUGGGUAUCAUCCAUUUGGAGUUAACUAUGCAGAGUUGGGGAUGCUUCACCAGAACAUGUAUGAUGCUGGCCAGGUACCAUUUUACGGUGCUAACCUUGGCAUUGCUAAUGGUCAAAUUGGGACCACUACCGUGAGGGGAGACAAUGAGGACCGAAGCAGAUCUUUGGGGCUUCAGACAGGCGGAGCGAGCUUGACUACUCAGGAGCAACAAGCAACUCAGGUGUUGAUUGGCAGAGUAGAAUGGGUGUUCGCCACAAUCUACGCUCCGAAUGACAUGAGUAGUAGGGUAGUCUUCUUCGAGACGCUGCCACAUGUCCUACCUAAGUCGGAUUGUCUGAUCGUGGGAGGAGACUGGAAUGUGGUCUGUGUUCCAGGGCAGGACUCGGAGUCGACUGGAGGCUGGUCAGCAGACAGAGCUCGACUGCUGAGUUGGAUGGAACACUGGGCGCUCAAGGAUGUCUAUAGGGAACUUUAUCUGAACAAACCUGGGUACACCUGGUUCGGACAGACUCCACUACAGGCAGGGAUUAAGAGAAGAAUCGAUUUCUUCUUAGUCUCAGAGGAAGCAAGAGGGGAUGUGAUGGACAUAGAAGUUUUGAAUGCUUCUCUGUCUGAUCAACAACCAAUUGUGAUGAAGUGCGCAGUUUCAGAAGUGGGGGAAAGAGGUCCCGGGUACUUCCGGUUGAACACGACAUUAUUGUUGGAUACCGGAAUCACGACAUGGGUGGAGGAAUUUUGGGUAGGUUGGAGAACUGCUAAGCAACUGUUCACAAGUACCGCCGAGUGGUUGGACGCAGGGCUGAGGGUCAUCUCCCUCAAAUUGGACUCCUUCUCGCGGAUCUCCGCAUACCACAGGAACAAAGAGGAGAAUUUGCUGCGGCAACAGGUAGAGGAAGCAGAGAAAAAGUUGGGAGAUAAUCCUAUAUCGGAUCUGUUCUGGGCUGAGGAGAGGGCACAGAGAAUCCGUGAGUGGGAUGAAUCUCAGUUCCAGAAAGAGGAAUGGAGGGCGAAAAUCCUAGAGGUAAAGGGGAUUGUUUCAUCAGACCGGUUGUCAAAAGAGGCCUUCAAACGGUUGUUGCCGAGAAACACUGCAGUCAAGAUGAGGGAACUGCAGCAUCCACACCUUCUAGGGAAACCCAUCGCUGUGGAUAACGAAGAAAUGUGCAGUUAUGCGGUGGAUUAUUUUCAAGAUAUUUUAACCACUAGAAGGCCGUUCGACAGUCUGGAGGAUAGGAUGGAGGUGGAGUCUCCAGUCUGGAACAACUUGGACUGUAGACUGCUAGAGGAAGGAAAACUGCUGGGUCGGUACCUACCGGGUCUGGUGCAGCGGGAUCAAGGUGCCUUCGUUCGAGGCAGAUCCAUCUUCGAGAAUGUUGUUACGACAAUCGAGGCCCUGAAACUCAUCGACAGCGAAGACUUGGAUGUGGCAGUCUUGCUUUUGGACCUCGAUAAGGCGUAUGACUGGGUGAAUUGGACAUUCGUCCUUUCCACAUUCCGGGUCAUGGGUUUCGGAGAUUCGUUUUGCAACUGGGUCAAAGUCAUGUAUGGCAAGGUGACGACAGCAGUACGCGUGAAUGGAGUAAUCUCUAAAGAAUUCGACCUCAGAAGAUCUCUACGCCAGGGGUGCCCGCUGGCUCCGCUCGUGUUUGUGCUUCAUCUGGAGCCGCUUCUCUGCAAUAUCCGUUGUCACCCGAAGAUUAAGGGACUGAACCGGUCGGGGGGAGGGGACAAUAAGGUCAAGGCGUUAGCUGAUGACCUUUUUGUAAUCUCAGUUAACCAACCAACAUCUCUGGAAGCGCUGAAGUCGUGCCUCACGGAAUUUGCAGCGUUGUCGGAGGCGGCAGCGAACUCGAGGAAAUCAACUUUCAUCCUCCCUAGAAGGUUCGUGCCCGCGAUGCAAUGGGGGAUGGCAAGGGUGGAAGUAGAGCAGGCAGAACGCUUCCUAGGUGUUCAGGUGGCACUGGGGGACUGUACGUCUUCUCAGGAAGUGAUACUGCAGGAAAAGGUAUGCAAACGGAUCAAGAGUUGGGGAGCGGCGUUCCACCUCUCAUUGAUUGGAAGGGUAUUGGCCAUCAUGGCCUCAGCCUUUGCACUCUUAUGGUAUGUGGCGACAGUGAGAAGACUGUCGCCUCCCAUGCUGAAAACCUUGAAGGGAGUUGCGCGGAAGUUUAUAUGGAAGCCAGCAGGAGAAGCAGGUGAGGGUUAUAUCUGUAAAGUGGUCUGGGACACCCUCUGCAGACCUCGGAGUGAGGGGGGGCUAUCCUUGUUAGACCCUGCAGCUCAGAAUACGGCUCUCCUUGCUAAAUGGGUGGUUCGGGUAGCGGAGGCAGAAGAUGGUAAAGACUGGGUAAUGCUAGCGAAAACCUUGUUGUCGAGGGAAUGGGGCCUCAGACGCCCGGAGGACGUUUGGGUGGCCUUGAUGUCAGAGACGUACGCGCGAAGAAGACCCAAGUCCCAGCUGUGGAAAGAGAUUCUGCAAGCGUGGAAAAAGUGCAGGCCAACUCUCAAUCGCCCACCGAUAUCGAAAGAAGAAGUCAGACACCAGCACCUGUUCGAAAACCCUCGGAUUAAGGAACCGGGUGGGGGCUGGUUCUCAUUGAAAAGACAGCCAGGAAAUUUCGGACAGAGUUGGCUGCAGAAGGCCCAGAAGGGUGUGACCAAGGUGGGGGAUCUGUGGGACGACUGCCGCAACCAGUGGAAGUCCCUCACUCAGUUGAAGGAAUCCUUGGGACAACUCCCGCAGCAGGAAAGGCGGCUGGAGUUGCUCCUACAGGCAAUACCAGAGGAGUGGAAGCAGCUCCUUGGCCCGGAAGGCACAAAUCCCACAGGUACCUGGUUCGUUACGACCUUUGAGGGAAAGGGACAGUUUUGCAGGUUGGAAAGUUGGUCGGGGGAGUGCCCAGGCAAGUGCUGGCCAGAAACAUACAAACGUGCCCUCCCCUCUCUUUCUACUUUGGAGAGAGUUGGAAUGCGUCAACAGUACGACCUCGCAGGGAUGAAAGAGAUCCGAGUGAGAAUGUCCCCUCCGAGUGAGGAAGGUUUCCCACUGAUUCCGGUGCUUGUGGGGAAUGGGACCGCUCUGCGUCGUAUGAGGAUUGACCCUGCUACCUGGGGAUGGCGCGUGGGAGAGUCGGUGGUCAUGGGGCUGGAGAACUUAAACGCUAGUCUCAUUUUGAAACGGAGGAGAGACUCGGAGUCUGUAUGUGAGAAGAUCAGGCUCCGUUGGGAUAGAAACGCUGCACAAUUGGCUCCACCUUCAGAGAAGGAACUUACCAAACUCUGGUCGCAACUGCAGUUGAUUCCGUCUCAAAAAAUCGCAUCGUUGAUGUGGCUGCAAUCGCACUUAGCGGUGCCCACGUCGCAGUGGAUUUCAGAGAAGGGUAUGGAAGUGAGAACAAUUUGCGACAGAUGCCAAGAAGCCCUGGAGUCGAUGCAGCACCUGUGGUGGGAGUGCCCCAGAUCUAGGAAGUGGUGGAGAUGGUGGGAAUACCAUUGGAGGAGAUUUGCAGGGGAAGCAGACCUAACUGGGCAGAGAUGGGUCCUCACGGGUUGUGUACCGCAGAACCACAGAUGUUCAGAGGGAUGGGUCUAUAUAGCACAGGUGGGCAGGGCAUAAUGCUCUGGGUUAUUUGGGUGGACAGGAAUAGUCUCCGCUUCCAAGGAGAGAGUUUACAAGAGAGGGAGGCGGAGGGGCUUUUCAAGA